AUGAAAGUAGAGGUGGUAAAACCAGGGGUCGUGGGAACAGGGGUAGCAGGAGCGGGAGAACCAGACACAGGGGCAAGUGUAGAAGAUUGGGGAGUGGUAGAGGAAGAGACAGAGAGAGGAGCAGCAGAGGAAGAAGCAGCAGAAGAGGCAAGAGAGAAUGCAGAAGACCUGGCCACACAUGACACAGACAAUUUCUUCAUUAUCAUGUUCUUCAAGUUCUCAAUCAAGGAUGCAACAUCAGGUUCACUAUCAUUGAUGAAUGCAGAUCUGUCAACAUGUGAAGAUUCUAUAUGA